AGCUGACGAUCUGACGUUAUCGCCGGCCUGAUACCGGGAUCUCGAUAAAAUUGAAGUCUUACAGUAGUUUACCUUAUUUGUGUCGCAAUCUUCAAGAUCGCAACAUUGAAACGACAGUGUAGCGGCGGAAAUGAAAGCCACUUGGCUCCUCUAUUGUGCGGUGGUGCUGGCCACUGCCUCCGCUAUCUCAAUACCGUUGAGACAGAACCCGGAGACAAUAUGUAUAGGGAAGGAGAACUUCCUACGCAUCAGCGCGCUGGGCAGCUGUACAAAGUACUAUCAGUGCUAUGCGGGGAGAACAUUCACGAUGGAAUGCCCGCGUAACACGUGGUUCAAUGAAGCAAGACAGAUAUGUGACAGAUCAGAUGCACCUCCUUCUUGUUUAAGUGCUGAACCAGAACCAGAACCUCAACCCGAGCCAGAACCGGAACCCGAGCCAGAACCAGAACCGGAACCGGAACCAGAACCAGAACCAGAACCGGAACCCGAGCCAGAACCAGAACCGGAACCAGAACCAGAGCCGGAACCCGAGCCAGAACCAGAACCAGAACCGGAACCCGAACCAGAGCCAGAACCAGAACCGGAACCCGAACCAGAGCCAGAACCGGAACCCGAGCCAGAACCGGAACCCGAACCAGAGCCAGAACCGGAACCUGAGCCAGAACCAGAACCUGGACCAGAACCUGAGCCAGAACCGGAACCCGAACCAGAGCCGGAACCUGAGCCAGAACCGGAACCCGAACCAGAGCCGGAACCCGAGCCAGAACCGGAACCCGAACCAGAGCCGGAACCCGAACCAGAGCCGGAACCCGAGCCAGAACCGGAACCCGAACCAGAGCCGGAACCCGAACCAGAGCCGGAACCCGAACCAGAGCCGGAACCCGAGCCAGAACCGGAACCCGAGCCAGAACCGGAACCUGAACCAGAACCAGAACCUGAACCCCAGCCUGAACCAGAGGACGAAUCUUCUGAAGACUCGGAUGAAAAUAAUACCAAUAAUUCCAAUGAGGAUGCAGCUUCCGAAGAAGAUAAUAAUGAGGAUAAUGAUAAUAAUAGUAACGAUAGUGGAGAAGGUAACGAUGAUGAUGCCGUCAUCAAGUUUAUAAAGUCACGAAAAAUGAAACUAGAAUCCGAAAACGACGAAAAUUACAAUGUGGUUGCUGAUGAAGCAGCAAAGUUAAGAAAAGAAGAGACGUUUGAAUCUGGAAGUGAUGAGAACGAACAACAAUAUGAAGUACAGAAAGAAGAAGAAUCAGAAUUGAAACGAUUAUUUAAGAAACUCACCAGACAUUUUGCUUGAGCUGGCUGCAUUCAUAAGCAUUUCCUAGUAGAAUAUACUUUUGUAAUGCAGUAGAUUUGUAUUAUAAAUAUACCUAGAUAUAGGACAUAAGUAUAAAAAUUUAAUUUAAGUAUUAUUUUUAGAAACACUGUGCAAUUUUGUAAAUAUGUGAAAAAAAUGUAAUUAUACGUACGUCGUUUAA